GCUAUUGUAGGCGAGUUUGAUUUUAGCAAAAACCAAACAAAAGUGAAGUGGGAUCGAAUUCCUGAAUCAAAAUGGUAUAUUGUAUUUUCUUGGCUGGCAUUGUUUCUUACGAUAUUACAUCUUGUUAUGGGCACUGUGGUACUCUCUAGCGCCUUGUUCAUCAGCCCAUCUGAUGCAGUAGUUCUAUCAAUUCGCCUUCUUAGCUCAGCAGUUGUAUGUAGAAUUCUUCUUAUAUUUGAGUUACACAUUAUAAGGCACUUUUCUCAACUAUAA